GCCCUGGCCUCCGCCCUCGCCGGCCGCUGCGACCUGCCCUGCCCGGCUCGGCCCGGCCUGGCCCCGCAGCCCCCUCAGGCCCCGGUCGCGGCUGCCGUGGGGCAGCUGGGAGGGUGGGAGCGAGACGGCUGCUGCGGAUGGGCGAUACCAGCCAUCUGGGGGAGAGAGCGGCUCUUUGGGCAGGCGGGGUUGGGCUUGGUGUCCCCCCAAAGAGGUGUCUGGGUGUGAAGCCCCGCUGGAGAUGCACCCUGGAGCUGAGGCUUGUGGGGAGAGGCGUUAUCCCACCUGAGGCCGGACAGGGAGACCAUGGACUUUAUGAUGCCAUUUACGAAGGAAGCAGAGGUUGAUGUGCUUCUGGUGGUACUGGCAGAAGGAAAAGAGAGCGCCCUAUGUGAAAUUUAUGGAGGCAAAUUACCCACCUGGGUUCAGUUAUGAAGAUUUUGGGCCACUGUUUACAGCAGAAUUCUUUGAUCCCAACCAGUGGGCAGAUAUUCUGAAGGCUUCAGGGGCAAAAUAUGUUGUCUUAACUUCAAAACAUCAUGAAGGCUUUACUCUGUGGGGGUCUAAAUAUUCUUGGAACUGGAAUGCUGUUGAUGUGGGACCAAAACGAGAUCUUGUGGCUGAACUAGCAACAUCUGUUAGAAACAGGACUGACUUGCAUUUUGGGUUAUAUCACUCCCUGUUCGAGUGGUUUAAUCCUCUCUUCCUCGAGGAUGCCACCAAUGUCUUUAAGACAAGAAAGUUUCCAACCAGUAAGUCAUUACCAGAACUCUAUGAACUUGUGACCAAGUACCAACCAGAAAUAAUUUGGUCUGAUGGGGAUGGAAAUGCGCCAGAUACUUACUGGAACAGCACCGGUUUUUUGGCUUGGCUGUAUAAUGACAGUCCAGUCCGGGACACAGUUGUGACCAAUGACCGCUGGGGAGUUGGCAGCAUCUGUACGCAUGGCGGCUUCUACACGUGCAGUGACCGGUAUAACCCCGGACACCUCCUGCCUCACAAGUGGGAGAACUGUAUGACUAUUGACAAGAAGUCGUGGGGGUACAGGAGGAACGCACAGCUUGACGAUUACCUCACAAUUGAGGACUUGGUGAAGCAACUUGUAGAAACAGUGUCUUGUGGAGGAAAUCUCUUGAUGAAUAUCGGGCCCACUCACGAUGGUCGCAUCGCUGUUAUAUUUGAGGAACGCCUGAGGCAGAUGGGUGCCUGGCUGAAAGUCAACGGAGAAGCCAUCUAUGGAACGAAACCAUGGAAAGCACAGAACGACACGGUCACACCAGGAGUGUGGUACACUUUCAUCCCUAAAGAAGGCAAAGUCAAUGCUAUCUUCCUUAACUGGCCAGUCUCUGGGACGCUGGAACUUGGUGAGCCACAGGCUAAGCUUGGAGAAACACAGGUGAAGCUGGUUGGCUACGAGGAACUGCUGAAAUGGGUUGCACUGGGAGAAAAGGGAAUCGUAAUAGCUCUACCUCAAUUAACUCCUCAGCAACUGCCAUGUCAGUGGGGCUGGACUCUGCAACUGACUGACGUGAACUGAGCCAUACACUGCUGGAGCCUUGGCUAGUAGGGAACGCGGAUGUUUUGCCCAGUUUCUGGGUGUUAUUAGUUUCUAACUCUUAUUUGCUUGAUGGAGAAACAGCAAUAGUUUCACUUUUUUAUGAAAGGUGGGCUGUUAUUAAAGGAUGGAAUGGAAUGACUCUAACGUGAAAUCUAGCACUUGAUAGUUGAAUCUCCGUGUACAAUUUGUUUCUCUGAACUAGUGUGAACAUGGUUAAGGCUGACUCUUGUUUACAGACAUUGUUUUUACAGUUACCAGGGUGCCUCCUGUAGACUAUUAAACAAAACAUAUGCUUCAA